AUGGCUCGCAUGGUUGGCCACCGUCGUCUUCGGCGCAAGAGCUCCAAAUUCUCUUUUCUUUCUCUCAUCCCUCCCUUUGAGGAUUUCUCUCAAUCCCCUAAUAUCUUACUCGAUACCAUCGUCGCUCUAGUUCACCUUUGUGCGAACAGUUGCCGAGUUGCAAUGCGCCUGGAUUUGUUUGGUCUGGCACUACUGUGUUUUUAUUCCAUCUGCCUGGCUGCCCUGCCCUACAUGUCUGCUUCAACUGUCUCCGCCUCCACUUCCACCGCCAACUUCCCAGCCGAUUCUCGCUCUGGGCCCCGCCGGCGACUAAGCCAACUACGAGCCUACACUCAGAAUCAUUUUUCGCCUCAUACCUCGUCGUCUUCUGCAAAUUCACAGCGCUCUUCUCGCCGACAUACCUUCAGCAGUCGUGUCUCUUGGUUUUCGCCUUCUGCCUCGUCGACUAGUCCAGAGUCUUCGUCUCUCCCUUCAACGGGGACCUCCCAUCCAACUCCAUGCCCAACAUCCGAUCAAUCUGCUCUCGCUCGUUAUAGCUCCGUCUUCUUUCCUAGCUACCGCGCUGUUGACGUAGAUUUGGAAACCCGUGACCUGACCACAGACUCGUCACAGUCGACCCCGUCGAACGACUCCGGCGGUGAAAAUUCAGUCGAGGCAAUGGCGCGUUCAGGAGCUUCGUCAGGGGCCACGAAUGCGCGAGACCACCCGCGAGCAUCGAGCUCAUCGGCCUCUGCAAAUCCCAUUGCAAACACUUCCGAAUCUGCGAAUUCGAACGUGACUCAAAAUUCCUCGUCCCCUGGUCCGAAGGGAAAGGCCACCAUCCGCUUCUUUCCCCAUCAAGAUCCCAGCCAAAGCUCCAGGCCGUCCUUGCAUUUCAUUCCUAUUUCGCGAACUCUCCCAUCGGAAAGUAGUGUAAUCCGUGUCGGCCGAUACUCCGAGCGCGAUGGCAUGCCCGUGGCUAAUCCUACCGAACCUUCGGAUGCCCCUGUCGGAUUCAAGUCGAAAGUUGUGAGUCGGAAGCAUUGCGAGUUUCUCUAUAUAAAUGGGCAGUGGCAUAUCAAGGAUGUGGGGAGCUCUUCUGGGACCUUCUUGAAUCACAUGAGGUUGAGCCAGCCAAAUAUGGUGUCGAGGCUCUAUACUAUCAAGGAUGGCGAUAUCGUACAACUUGGUAUCGAUUUCAGAGGCGGCGAGGAGAUGAUCUUUCGAUGCGUGCGGAUCCGCAUAGAGUGCAACCGUUCGUGGCAGCAACAACCCAAUGAGUUCAACCGUCUCAUCCAUACUCCUGAGUACCCGAUGUUCCAAUGUCCCAAUUGUCGUGCAUACACAGACUUGAGCGCCGAGGUGGACGAUUCCAACGACGCGAACGAUGUGGAUACCAGCAAGGAGAAUGAUGAUAGCCAGGAGCCUGCGCAGACAUCAGCAGCAGAGACUUCAAAUGGGAUCCAAGAACCCUCAGCGGAAUCUGAUACGGCAGCAGCUCCUACGCAAGAGCGCACGGAAAGCAGUCGUCAAACAAGGGACGUGCCCGCUGAUGAGGGACUAGCCGAUAAUAUCGAGAACAUGCGGCUUCAGGACGAUUCUCCUUCUCCGUCCGAAGCAGAGGCAGAGCGAACUCCGAACGUAGCAUCUGCCUCUCCUGAACCGGUCGUGAGCAACAUUGCUUCUGCUCCCACAACAGGUUCCGAUGCCUCCAUUCCUCCAUCCCAACCCGUCGCGAUCAGACAGGCGCGCUCUAACACACCUUUCCGCUCCGAGUCGUCCGAUGACAACCCGCUGACGCCUAGAAACGAUUCGGGGCCUCUGGCCUUUGAUGGCAGAGCUGGCAUGCCAUGA